AUGAAGAAGCUCCCAGACGCACCAACAAUGAGCUCUGGGAGUCGUAUUUGUGACGAGAAUGGCCACUUUGUUGAUCCUGGCACUCCUCCUCCACCAUACACAGCAAAAAGUCCUGACGACUGGACUCCGUAUCGCAACCGACUGGAAUUCGAGUGCGCAGAUUUCAUGUACACUGAAAACCAGAUGUCCGCUGGUGAUAUCAACAAGAUUCUCUACUUGUGGGGAAUCACUCUCGCUGUCCAUCGCGACAAUCCACCAUUUGCCGACUACAAGGACCUGUACAAUACUAUCGACGCAACACCGCUAGGCGAUGUCACAUGGGAAAGCUUCUCCCUGAAGUACAAUGGCGAUAAACCUGCUGGAGAGUGUCCGCUUUGGAUGGAACAGUCGCACGAGGUUUGGUUUCGGGACCCUCAUACCGUCGUCAAGAACAUGCUCGCAAAUCCAGAUUUCAAAGGUGGAAUUGAUUAUACGCCCUACCGUGAAUUUCAGGAGAAGGAUGAGCAACGACGCUAUAAGGAUUUCAUGUCGGGGGACUGGGCCUGGCAGCAAGCGGACGAAAUCGCACAGGACCCACAAACGCAUGGUGCGGCUUUCGUUCCCAUCAUUGUAGGCAGCGACAAGACGACGGUGUCUGUCGCUACUGGUCAAAACGACUACUACCCUCUAUAUCUCUCGAUUGGGAACGUUCACAAUAAUGUCCGGCGCGCGCAUCGCAAUGCAUUGGUUCUGGUUGGAUUUUUGGCGAUCCCUAAGACGGAAAAAAAAAAUGCAGAUGAACUUGGAUACCGCAAGUUCAAGAAGCAAUUGUUUCACUCCUCGUUGUCGAGGAUCUUCGCCAAUCUCAAACCUGGAAUGACGACUCCAGAAGUCACACGGUGUGGCGACGGACACUACCGGCGCGUUAUAUAUGGCCUUGGACCCUACAUUGCAGACUAUGAAGAGCAGGUAGUAUUGGCAUGCAUGGUCAAAGAUUGGUGUGGAAGAUGCCUUGCAUUUCCCUCAAAUCUUGAUGAAGGAGGUGUUUCUCGGUCACGCGAACAUACUGAUGCGCUUGUGGAUUCUGUUGAUUUUGGUAUACUUUGGGAUGAGUAUGGUAUCAUUGGCGAGUUAGUGCCCUUCACCAACGACUUUCCUCGUGCCGACAUUCACGAGCUCCUUGCCCCCGACAUACUGCACCAGCUCAUCAAAGGAACCUUCAAGGACCACCUUGUUGAAUGGGUGGGUCAAUACCUCGAACUCAUGCACGGCAAAACACGCGCUAAGGCAAUUUUAGAUGAUAUUGACCGAAGAAUUGCUUCCGCGCCGCCCUUCCCUGGCCUACGACGCUUUCCACAAGGCCGUGGAUUCUCGCAAUGGACAGGUGACGACUCCAAAGCUUUGAUGAAGGUCUAUCUACCAGCAAUCGAGGGCCACGUACCAGAUGAUAUGUUCUGCUACAUCGUGCGCGCGAACGUAGUGACAGACGACACUCUCGCAGCGCUGAAAGAUGCCCUUGGGCGUUUUCAUACUUACCGGACUAUUUUCCAGACUACUGGUGUCCGCUUCGACAUUUCCCUACCCCGACAACACUCUCUCAUCCACUACGAGCUUCUCAUCCGAAUGUUCGGUGCUCCGAACGGCCUCUGCUCGUCAAUCACGGAAUCCAAACAUAUCAAGGCGGUAAAGCAACCAUGGCGACGUUCAAGCAAGUACAACGCGCUCAGCCAGAUGCUCCUUACCAAUCAGUGCCUGGACAAAGUCGCCGCAGCAAGAGUUGAUUUCACAACGCGCGGCAUGCUCAAAGGGUCUUUUGAGAAUCCCUUAUAUAUCGACAACGACGAUGGAGACCCAGAGGUCCAACAGAACCCAGCGCAUGCAGGAAGCAAUCCCUUUGCUAUCGAGAGUGACGACUUUGACGAUGUCGAGGAUCAGGGUGUUGUAGAUGACGUGGAUGUCAUUGCUGAUGUGCAAUUAGCACGGACUUUUCACGAACUCGACAUCCCAUCGUUCCCGACCCUCAUUCGCCUCUUCCUGUACGACCAAAUACACGCGGACAACCACCAUUCCUCUGCCGACGUCCCACUUCGCGACUGUCCAUCCUACACGGGACCAAUCAAGAUAUUUCAUUCAGCCGCUGCAACAUUUAUCGCACCCAGUGAUCCGAGUGGAAUCCCUGGUAUGCGCCGUGAGCACAUUCGUGUUGUGCCUUCGUGGCGCAAGGGACCAGCUCGCUUUGACUGCGCCUUUGUCAACACGGACGAUAGGCAUGACAGAAUGUUGAGCAUGGACGUCGUUCGAAUAUUCUGUUUUUUUUCUUUUACUUUCACUAACAGUCACACAUACCCAUGUGCCCUCGUUCAAUGGUUCCAUCGCAUCGCCGAGGAACGAGACGAGCUCACAGGAAUGUGGAUGGUGGCACCGUCUUUCAAUGAAGAUGGCUCGCGCGAUUUGUCCAUCAUCCAUAUCGACAGUAUCAUUCGCGGCGCUCACUUACUCCCAAUAUUCGGUACUCAGCUCGUACCACGCGGCCUUUGA